GUGAGCUGUGAUUGGUCACAGUUUGUCACAUGGUACAAGGCUGUUGUGAAUAGCCUUGUACCAUGUGACCUCUGUGAUCAUUCACAGAUUUCACACGUAGUAAGCAAUGUCACAAGUGACAUCUUGCUUACUACUUUGCAUGUGAUCACUGAUUGGCCAUUCAUAUUAUUCUAGUUCAUCUGGACCAAGCAGGUCCAACAAAAUGAUUUACUUCACUGACAGAGCAGUGGCUGUGUGCCCUGUAUAAAACUAUAUGUAGCUUCAGCUACAUACAUUAUACAGCGCUGUGUUC